AUGAGCACGAUCGAUGAGUUCGUCCUCCCCGCAGUGGCUACAAUCCAAGACUGCCGAUCCAAGCUUCUACGAACGAUACCCCAACGCGGACUUGGAACGGAAGACGUCUAUCAACACUUACAGCAUGACAUCGUACCAGGACUCAACAGAAGCAGUCAAUCUGCCAGCUUCUACGGCUUCGUAACUGGUGGAACUACCCCAGCAGCCGCUUUUGCCGACAAUCUCGUUACUCAACAUGACCAAAACGUACAAGUUCAUCUCCCAAAUGACACUAUAGCUACGGAUGUCGAAGAUGCAGCAUUACGAAUGCUCUGUAACUUGGUCGACCUAGAAGAACAUGAGUUCAACAAUCGGACAUUUACAACCGGGGCAACUGCAAGUAAUGUCAUCGGCCUCGCAUGCGGGCGGGAGUACAUCAUUGCAGAGAUGGCUAGGCGGCAGGGUAAGACCGCUUCUGUUUCCGAGGAUGGUAUCAUCGAAGCCCUUCGGAUUGCAGGAAUCGAUUCUAUCCAGAUACUGACUACUGUCCCUCAUUCUUCCCUACGGAAAGCUGCCUCCAUCGUUGGACUUGGGAGAACGUGCGUGAAAGAUCUGGGUCUUUUCCAAGCAAAACACAAUUUCGAUCUUGCAGCUUUGGAACAGGCCCUGAAGACCCCUCGUACAGCCUCGAUCGUUUCAAUAUCCUGCGCAGAAGUUAACACUGGAUUCUUCGCUACAUCGGGCGACGACAUGAAAACCAUCCGACAGCUCUGUGAUACUUACGGUGCCUGGAUACAUGUCGAUGCGGCAUUUGGCCUCCCCGCAAGAUAUCUACCCAAGUAUGAACCCAAGUAUGCAGCCCUUGUCGAUGGAGUGAAGAACAUCAUCCUCGCAGACUCCAUCGCUGGGGAUUGCCAUAAGCUCUUGAACGUGCCGUACGACUGUGGAGUCUUCUUCUCCCGUCAUCUCGACAUUGGCACUCGGGUGUUUCAAAAUCCAAACGCAGCUUACCUCAGCUCUUCUUCAGAAAGCAGUAUACCAUCGCCUCUGAACAUCGGCAUCGAGAACAGUCGACGGUUCAGAGCUUUGCCAGUGUAUGCUACGCUGGCAUCAUACGGCAGGGAGGGGCAUGUCGAACUUCUCGAGAGACAAAUCUCCCUCGCCCGCUGCAUCGCGGAAUUCAUCGCCAACACUCCUAGUUUCCAGCUGCUUCCUCAAUCCCCGCCCUCGUUUGCAAAGGUUAAGGAGCAAGGGAUCGCUCGCAUAUACAACAUCGUGCUUUUCCGUGCGACUGAUCCCGAAAUCAAUAAAGAACUUGUCCAGCGCGUCAAUGCGACAAGGAAGAUUUUCAUCAGCGGUACUCAAUGGGAUGGCCAGCCUGCAGCUCGUUUUGCAAUUUCGAAUUGGCAAGUCGACGUCGAUCGGGACAUGGCGCUGAUCAAGGAAGUACUGCUGAGCGUAGUGAGCUGA